AUGCUUAUUUCAUCUUCACCAAUAAAUAACGAAGAAAAUAUGAGAACUUCUACUACUGAUCAAGAAUUUCAAAUAUGUACACAAACAGCUGAUAAAUCAUUACAAGGCAAACCAGGAUAUAAUGCUAAUGUUUAUCUAAAUUUAUAUGAUAAAAAUAAUAAACAAUUAGGUGAUUCUAUUCGUCUUGAAAGCUCUAAAAAUCAUAAAAUACCAUUUCAAAAACAUCAUACAGAUAAAUUUAAUAUAACAUUAUCGAAUAUAACUAUCUUUGAUAUUGAUCGAAUUGAUCUUUAUCAUGACGGGCAAAAUGAUGGAUGGUUUUGUGAUUUUGUUGAAUUAAAAAAUCUUCAAACAAAUCAAACAAAAUGUUUUUCUGUUCAUCAAUGGUUAGAUAAAAUAUCUGAUAAUAUGCAUUUUUCAAUGACUAAUUAUCAAACUAUUUCAUGUGAUGAUAAACGAUAUAAUAGAAAUAUUUCGAAUUAUUAUUAUUAUACUGUACGCAUUAAAACGAAUCAAACAAAUUUAUUACUCAAUGAUUUUAUUCAUGUUUCUAUAAAACUUUUUGGUAAAUUUCAUCAAACUGAACAAAUUCAAUUAGAUCAAACUAUUGAUAAUCAACAAGCAUUUCAUCGAAAUAAUUCUAUUGAUACAUUUGAAAUUCGUACAUCUACAAAAUUAAAUUCAAUUGAAAAAAUUGAAUUUUAUUAUGAGUUUCAAAUAAAUUAUGGAAAAAUUUCAUUAGAAUGGAUUGAAAUAACAAAUUUAACAAAUGGAAUUAUUUCUUGUUUUCCAAUCAAUCGUAUAUUAACACAAUUGAAUAAUAAUAAACGAAUACAACAAAUCUUAACUCUUACUGAAUUCAAUAGUAAAUCUUGUUCGAAUUAA